UCUCUCUUCCUCUGCGAAAAAACAGAAACAAAAACAAAAACAAUGCCCAAACUAUUUCUGUACGCAACGACCAUCCCCCCAAUAACACACUCUAAUUUCUCCUAAAUCCUCUCUCUCUCUCUCUCUCUCUCCUUCUUCUCAACAAUGGCUGCCGCGAUUGAACUGACCAUUCCGUACAGGAUAACGGAAGAACAAAGUAGUUCUUCUUCGUCGUCGAACCCGACGGACGCCGUGAUAUUCGUGGGACUCAGUUUGGUGCUCGGAAUCGCCUGCAGGCACCUCCUCCGAGGCACCAGAGUCCCCUACACUGUCGCCUUGCUCGUUCUUGGCAUUGCUCUUGGAUCCAUAGAAUAUGGUACACAUCAUCGUCUGGGAAAGAUCGGGGAUGGAAUACGUAUCUGGGCAAAUAUUGAUCCUGACCUUUUAUUGGCUGUUUUUCUUCCUGCUCUUCUUUUUGAAAGUUCAUUCUCAAUGGAAGUACACCAAAUAAAGAGAUGUAUGGUACAAAUGAUUAUCCUUGCUGGCCCAGGCGUUCUGUUAUCAACUUUCUGUCUUGGAUCUGCUUUGAAGCUCACUUUCCCUUACGACUGGAGUUGGAAAACAUCAUUGUUGCUUGGAGGGCUUCUAAGUGCUACCGAUCCUGUUGCUGUUGUUGCACUAUUAAAAGAGCUUGGUGCGAGCAAAAAACUGAGUACAAUUAUUGAAGGAGAAUCCUUGAUGAAUGAUGGGACAGCAAUUGUGGUUUAUCAACUAUUCUAUCAAAUGGUCUUGGGGAAGAGCUUCAAUUGGGAGGCCAUUAUUAAGUUUUUAGCACAAGUUUCACUUGGAGCUGUAGGUAUCGGUAUUGCUUAUGGGAUAGCAUCUGUUCUGUGGCUCGGGUUUAUUUUUAAUGACACUGUAAUAGAAAUUUCCCUCACAUUUGCUGUCAGCUAUAUUGCCUAUUUCACUGCACAAGAGGGGGCCAAUGUAUCUGGAGUAUUAACUGUGAUGACUUUGGGAAUGUUUUAUGCUGCAGCAGCGAGGACAGCUUUUAAGGGUGAUGGUCAACGGAGCUUGCAUCAUUUUUGGGAAAUGGUUGCUUAUAUUGCGAAUACCUUAAUUUUCAUCUUAAGUGGAGUGGUUAUAGCUGAAGAUCUUCUUGAUGGCGAUGCUGUCUUUCAAAAUGGAAAUUCAUGGGCUUACCUUGUUCUUCUUUAUGUUUACGUACAAGCAUCCCGGUUAGUUGUUGUUGGAGUGUCAUACCCGUUUCUACGGUAUUUUGGCUAUGGUUUGGAUUGGAAAGAGGCCAUUAUUCUCAUCUGGUCAGGUUUGCGAGGGGCCGUGGCAUUGUCUCUUUCCUUGUCUGUCAAGCGUACAAGUGACAGUUCACCAUUCCUUAGUUCUGAAACCGGAAUUUUGUUUGUCUUCUUCACUGGUGGAAUUGUUUUCUUGACUCUUAUUGUGAAUGGUUCAACCACACAAUUCGUCUUACACCUUCUAGAUAUGGACAAGCUAUCAGCAGCAAAGAGACGCAUAUUGGACUACACAAAAUAUGAAAUGUUGGACAAAGCAAUUGAAGCUUUUGGUGAUCUUGGAGAAGAUGAGGAACUGGGACCUGCUGACUGGCACACCGUGAAAAGAUAUAUUGCAAGCUUAAAUAACAUCGAAGGGGAACCUGUACACCCUCACAAGGCCCCUGAAAACGAUAAUAAUCUUGACCGAAUGAAUUUGAAGGACAUACGUGUACGCCUCUUGAAUGGUGUGCAAGCUGCUUACUGGGGGAUGCUUGAUGAGGGAAGGAUUAUUCAAUCCACUGCAAGAAUUUUGAUGCAAUCUGUGGAUGAAGCACUUGACUUUGUCUCAAAUGAACCUUUAUGUGACUGGAAAGGUUUAAAAUCUCAUGUUCAUUUUCCAAAUUAUUACAAGUUCUUCCAAAGAAGUAUUUGUCCACAGAAGUUGGUAACAUAUUUCACUGUGGAGAGGUUGGAAUCUGCAUGUUGCAUCUGUGCUGCCUUUCUUCGUGCUCAUAGAAUUGCUAGGCAGCAACUCCAUGAUUUUCUAGGUGACAGUGAUGUUGCUUCUAUUGUCAUCAAUGAAAGUGAGGCAGAAGGAGAAGAAGCAAGAACGUUUCUAGAAGAUGUCCGUGUAACAUUUCCUCAGGUUUUGUGGGUUGUGAAAACCAGACAGGUAACAUACUCAGUGCUGAACCAUCUAAUUGAUUAUGUCCAAAACCUUGAAAAGGUUGGCAUAUUGGAGGAAAAGGAGAUGCUCCAUCUCCAUGAUGCUGUUCAGAUUGAUUUGAGAAAGCUUCUAAGAAAUCCGCCAUUAGUAAAGAUUCCAAAAAUGAAAGAUGUUAUUAGUUCCCAUCCUUUCACGGGGGCUCUUCCAUCUUCUGUCCGUAAACUGCUCGAAAAUUCUACCAAGGAAACAAUGAAAUUACGUGGUGUGACACUUUACAGGGAGGGAUCUAAACCUAAUGGUAUUUGGAUUCUUUCCAAUGGGAUCGUCAAGUGGAUGAGUAAGAGUUUAAAAAACAAACAUUCAUUACAUCCAACUUUUACCCAUGGGAGUACUUUGGGCCUGUACGAAGUGUUAACUGGAAAACCAUACAUCUGUGACAUGAUAACAGAUUCUGUUGUUCUCUGUUUCUUUGUCGAAGCUGACAAUAUACUUUCUGUGCUAAGGUCUGAUCCUUCAGUAGAAGACUUCCUGUGGCAGGAAAGUGCUAUUGUUCUUUUGAAGCUCUUGCUGCCUCAAAUAUUUGAGAAAAGGGCAAUGCAGGAUUUAAGAGUUCUUGUUGCUGAAAGGUCAAGCAUGACCGCAUACAUAAGGGGAGAAGCUAUAGAAAUUCCUCACCACUCCAUUGGCUUUUUGUUGGAAGGAUUCAUCAAAACCCAAGGCGCCCAGGAACUGAUUACAUCACCAGCAGCUCUCUUGCCUUCACAUUUAUAUCAAAGCUUUCAAAAUCUGGAAACAACUGCAACCAAUGGAGCCAGUUUUUCUCAUCAAGGAUCCUGUUAUCUAGUUGAAACGAGAGCGAGAGUAAUUGUUUUCGAUCUCGCUGCAUUUGAAUCAGACACUAAACUCCAGAGAAUGUCAUCCUCAUUUGUGUCACAUUCAGUUGAUCGCCCCCAUAUAUCUAGUAGUCGAGAACACGGAAGUCUUAUGAGCUGGCCUGAAUAUUUCUACAAGCCAAGACUUCACAAGCAGAACUCUGAUCGGAUUCACCAACAAGCUAACAGCUUAUCGGCUAGAGCAAUGCAGUUGAGCAUUUAUGGUAGCAUGGUUAACAUCCGUAGGCGCUUUCCAAGUUCCACCAAGCCAUUUCAUAGCGUAUCAUAUCCUACGAUUCCAUCACAUCAUGGCCGUCCACUUGUUUCUGUCAGAUCAGAAUCGUCUGCUACUGUAAGGAAGAAGUCAGAAGGGAGGAAAUUCACUGGAGAAAUGACUUCGGCACCACUGCAAAGUACAGCUUCGAAAGAGAGCCAUGUACGUGAGGAUUCCAGUGAUGAAUCUAGUGCCGAGGAUGAAAUCAUUGUGAGAAUUGAUUCACCAAGUGGGCUCUCUUUCCAUCAAGGUUCUUAAAAAACAUACGUCAUGAAGGAAUACUACUGUUUGUAUAAAUCUCUUUGAAAGAAUGAUACUACGUAGGUAGGACAUGUUAUUGUAUGUGCAAUAUUACUAUUGAGGACAUGUUUGGUACGUCAUAUUAACACGAUGUAUUGUACUAUUUUAAAAUCA